UACUUGAGGAAUCCGCAGCCGAGCAGCCUGAAUCCAUUGCACGCGGAACCGUCGACUUUGAUACAGAUGAACCACAUCUCAAGAGAAUUAAAUUUACAGAUUCCUUUGAAUGCUGAUUAUUUGAUCUCUUCCUGGAAUGCAUCAUCGCAAAGAAUGCUGGCCGUUUAUUGUAGCAAAGAAUGGGUUAAGUUUAUGCGAAUAUCAGUUCUAUUGUAGCGGUGUUUCUUAUGGCAGUUAUAAUGAGAAGUGCUUCAGAGUGCUGCAUUGUGAUAUUUUUGAAGAAGAAAGACAAACUCAAUUAUGGUGUUUCCCAAAGAAAGAGUUAAAUUGCAAGAGAAAACAGAUGGAAGAUAUCUUUAUGGUGUUUCCGAAUGUGCAAAUAAUGCUGGCCGUUUCUCGCACGUUGAAGGCUGUUCCGGCAUUGCUGCAGCUCUGAUGGGUUAAGUUUAUGCGAAUAUCAGUUCUCUUGUAGCGGUGUUUCUUUUGGCAGUGCAAGUCUGUCCCCUGUUCUCUCUUGCAAUACAUUUUGAAAUUCCUUGCAUUUCUUUACAGCCAUAAAUAUCUAUAGUUCUUAUAAUCGUUUUAGAAGAAUGUUCUUGCCCAAGUGCUGCAACUAGACUGGACUGUCACUAAUAUAUAAGUGUGGCCUUUUGAAGGGUUGUAACUCUUUUAGGUACAGACUAAUGUUGAUGGAAAAAGAAGGAUUUUUAUUGUUCUCUGGUUCUUAGUACCAAAAGCGUUUGUUUUAUCAUGAUCCGUUUAUUUUCUGAAAUGUAGUA